UCAUCUCCUGGAGCUCAUACUAUCUUCCCGUCUUGCAUUUCUGCUUGAUCCUGUGGAAGACUCCUGUCCAGCCUGACAAAAUGUGUGACCACUUUGUGGGUACCUGGAAGCUUCUUUCUAGUGAAAACUUUGAGGACUAUAUGAAAGAGCUGGGUGUGGGAUUUGCUACCAGGAAAAUGGCUGGUGUGGCAAAGCCCAAUGUAACUAUCAGCAUAAAUGGUGAUGUGAUAACCAUCAAAUCAGAAAGUACCUUCAAAAAUACAGAGAUCUCUUUCAAGUUGGGUGAAGAGUUUGAUGAGACCACAGCAGAUGACAGAAAAACAAAGAAUGUCAUAACCUUAGAAAAUGGCUCACUGAAACAGGUGCAGAAGUGGGAUGGCAAAGAGACUAUCAUAAAGAGAAAAGUGGUGGAUGGGAACCUGGUGGUGGAAUGCACCAUGAACAAUGUUACCAGCAAAAGAGUUUAUGAAAAGGCAUGAAGAAACCAUCUUCAGACAGGACAAAUGCUUAAAGCUGAGGAAAAAAAAUUCACUGAAGGAGAAAAACUCCACUAAUACAUUUUGAAGAGAACUGCACUUUUUACAGAUAUAUCCCAAAGCAAUUAUAUGCAGCUGGUUUAAUGUGUUAUGGCUAUUCAAUAAAACGUUCUGCUUUCUACAAA